AUGUCCGGCAGAAUCGAGACGGUCAGCAUCCCAAAUAUUGCGUGGAAGACCGCAGCCGAUAUCCACUUUCCACCCAACUUUGACGAGAAAAAGAAGUACCCGGCGGUCGUUUCUGCCCACCCUAUCGGCUCCUGUAAAGAGCAGACCUCGGGUAACAUAUAUGGAAAGGCAAUCGUGAAGGCAGGGUUUGUGGUUGUCACCUUCGACGCUUCUUUCCAGGGCGCUUCCGGUGGCGGGCCCCGCUUUAUCGAGGACCCUGAGUUCCGCGUCUCGGACUUCCGCUUUGUUGUCGACUUCAUCCAAACACUCCCUUAUGUCGAUGCGGAGCGCAUUGGCGUGCUCGGUAUCUGUGGCGGAGGUGGCUAUGCCAUCAAUGCAGCCAUGACGGACUACCGCUACAAAUGUUGCGUCGGUAUCACGCCCGUGAAUUUCGGCCGACUCUCCCGAGAAGCGUUUGGUGAUUUCGACCCUGUGGCCUCGCUGGAGAAGAUGGCCAAACAGCGAACUAUUGAGGCUCAGGGUGGUGACCGCCUUGUCAUUAACCUGCUGCCACCUACCGUUGACGAUGCCAAGAAAGCGACCACGGACAUUGAUGUGAUCGAGGCAACCGAGUACUACAAGACCAGCCGCGGCCAGGCGCCAAAUGGCUGCACCAGCGGUCUUUUCUCUUUCAAUAGUGCCGCGCUCGCGUGGGAUGCUUUCAACCAUGCUGAGGUACUUAUGACAAAGCCGCUCAUGGUUGUCGUCGGUGAUAAACCCGGCGGUUUUGGCGCUUACCGUGAUGCCCAAGAAAUCUAUGGACGGGCUGGCUCCAAACAGAAGCACAUAGUAGCACUGCCAGGAAUCUCGCAUUAUAUGCUUUACGAUAAGCCCGAAGCUGUCCAGCCCGCACUAGAAAGGGUCCUCCCCUUCUUUAAAGAGCACCUUGGCGAAGCUAGAUAG